AUUUGGGUUCCUGAUAGUUGGAGAAUUAUCAGAUCAGGUGAUGGUUGUGCAACAAUGACAAAGAAGAAAGGCUUGUUCACUAUAUUGAAAAGGAUUUUUAUUUCAGAAGCUAACUCAGAAAAGAAAGAGAAGAGAAGAAGAUGGACAUUUUGGAAGCUUAAGGUUAAGAAGAGGCUACCUUCCAUUACAGCACCUCCAGAGAACGGGACAAGAAACGAAUCGCAUGAGGAACAAAAGGAGGAAAGCGUGUCAGAUGUGGGUGAGAUCAGCCAAGUAUCUUGUAGUCGACAAUUAGAUUCCAUAGAAAAGUUAGAAGGUUCAACAUCCCCAGAAACUGCUGAUCUAGUAUCCCAAUAUCAAGUGUAUCUAAACAGAGAAGAAGAAGUUCUUGCUGCUACUCGGAUUCAGACAGCUUUUCGGGGUCAUCUUGCAAGAAAAGCUCUACGUGCGUUGAAGGGAAUAGUGAAGCUGCAAGCAUAUAUCAGAGGUCGUGCAGUGAGACGCCAAGCAAUGACUACACUGAAAUGUUUGCAAUCUGUUGUGAACAUUCAGUCACAGGUUUGCGGUAAGAGAACACAAAUCCCCGGAGGUGCUCACAGAGAUUACGAAGAGAACAAUAAAUUUCAGAUGCUCAGCGAUAAUAACAUACUUAAGGUGGAGACAAACGGUCAGAAGAGAUGGGACGAUAGUCUUUUAACAAAAGAAGAGGCUAAAGCUGUGGUCAUGAGCAAGAAAGAAGCUUCGCUAAGAAGAGAAAGGAUAAAAGAAUAUGCAGUCACCCACAGGAAAUCCGCUGAGUCGUACCAGAAACGUAGCAACACGAAAUGGAAGUACUGGUUAGACGAAUGGGUAGAUACACAACGAACCAAGAGCAAGGAGCUCGAAGACCUCGACUUGUCUUUGAAAACGAGACCUAAAGACGAAACUUUGAACAGAACUCCGAGGAACUCAUCGCCGAGAAGACCGGCGAAUAACCAUAGAAGACAAGCUUCGAUAAGCGAAGAGGAGCAACAGAACCCCGCGGGAGCGGUCGUAACCACACCAACUUACAUGGUUGCAACAGAGUCAGCGAAGGCAAAGUCGAGAUCUUUGAGCUCACCAAGGAUAAGACCGAGAAGUUUCGACACACAGUCGGAGAGUUACUCGCCGUACAAGAACAAGCUGUGCUUGACGACUUCGGUGAUGAGUGAGGCACCGAGCAGAGUGAGGGUUGGUAUUAGUAAUGGGAGUAACAGUAGGGCGAGUGCGUAUCAGCAGCAACGGUCUCCAGGGUUAAGGGGAUUUAGCAUAGGCCCAUUGAAAUCAUGCAAUAAUAGUACUCUGUUGAACGAUCUCAGCAUUAACUCGGAACGAUCUCUACCCAGCUGGAACAAGCAGAGCAGCUUGAGAUGA